UUACAGACCAUAAGCAACUUCACCCUUAAACCGCAAACAGCUCACCACUUUGUCACCGGUGCUUUGGGUUUAAGUGGAUCCACAACUAUUCGACCAACCAAAAAAAACUAAAACCCCCAAAAACAAACAAACAAUAAAACCAAAACCAACAAAAAAACUUUAAAAUCAAGAAAUACAAAUCAAGAGGAAAAACUCAGUAACAAUAUGGGAAAAGAAAUGAUUUGCUUCGUGACUAUUUGGAUAACUUUGGGAAGCAUCCACGCAGCCUUUUCUUCAGAUGUCGAACCCACCGCCAACUCAACUGCUUUUGCAAACAGCACAGUCACCGAUGCGCCUGUGCCAACCACCACUGAAUGGAUGACGGAUUUCACUGACAUCGUGUCCAAGUUCUCCCUGCGCACCGCCGAGCUCCCGGAUGAUGAUAUGUGCUACAUGGUGGCCGGCAGACCAGAAACCAUCACCGAGUGCGCAUUCAACCCAGAAACCCAGACCUUCAUUGUGAUACAUGGCUGGACGGUAACAGGGAUGUUUGAGAGCUGGGUCCCCAAGCUGGUGUCCGCCCUGUAUGAGCGCGUGCCAACUGCAAACGUGAUCGUGGUGGAUUGGCUGACCCGCGCCAACCAGCACUACCCCACCUCCGCAGCCUACACCAAGCUGGUUGGCCGAGACGUGGCCAAGUUCGUUACCUGGCUGCAGAAAGAGCUGCAGUUGCCCUGGGAGAGGAUUCAUCUUUUGGGAUACAGUCUGGGAGCACAUGUGGCCGGCAUUGCUGGAGACCUCACUGACCAUAAGAUCAGCAGGAUCACAGGUCUGGAUCCCGCCGGUCCCACCUUUGAGCACGCAGACGAGCAGAGCACUCUGUCCCGAGGCGAUGCCCAGUUUGUGGACGUCCUGCACACCAACACCAGAGGCUCUCCAGACCGCAGCAUUGGCAUCCAGAGGCCAGUGGGCCACAUUGACAUUUACCCUAACGGAGGAACCUUCCAGCCGGGUUGUGACAUCCAGAAUACCUUGCUGGGGAUUGCAUCAGAAGGGAUCAAGGGCCUCCAAAAUAUGGAUCAGCUUAUCAAAUGCUCCCAUGAGCGCUCCAUCCACUUGUUCAUCGACUCGCUGCUGAACACCCAGCAGCAGAGCAUGGCCUACCGCUGCAACUCCAAGGACACCUUCAACAAGGGAAUGUGCCUGAGCUGCAGGAAGAACCGAUGCAACAAGCUUGGCUACAACAUCAACAAGGUCCGGACGGCCCGCAGUGCCAGGAUGUACCUCAAGACUCGGGAUAUGAUGCCUUACAAAGUUUUCCAUUACCAAGUGAAGGCACACUUCUUCAGCAAGGACAAACAGAGCUUCAGUGAGCAGCCAAUCAAGAUUUCACUGUACGGAACCCACGGAGAGAAGGAGGACAUCCCGCUUGUCCUGCCCUCCCUUGAUAGCAACAGCACCUCGUCCUUCCUGAUCACCACCGACGUGGACAUCGGUGACCUGAUGAUCGUCAAGAUUCGCUGGGAGAAGGACACACUUUUCAGCUGGUCCGACCUUUGGGGCAGCAGCAAGUUUCACCUCCGAAAGCUCCGCAUCAAAUGUGGCGAGACUCAGUCCAAGGUGAUCUUUAACGCAAAGGAAGGAGAGUUUGCUUACCUUGUUAGGGGAGGGGAAAAUGCAGUCUUUGUCAAGUCAAAAGAAGACACACUGAGCCGUAAAGAAAGACAGAUGCACAGACUCAAGACGCAGGGUAGUCUCUUUGGUCAGAACGAGGCUUGAAGAAAACUUGAAAUUACUCACCGGAAUCAUCAUCCAUCUCUAGCAGCGCAGCCAAAGAUGGACAGCACACAGAAACACUGGGGAACCAUUUGCAGACACCUAGACACUUAGUGAAAGCUCCCGUCUUCCUACUUCUGCCCUGAAACCAGCCCAACCUCAUCCACAGUUUAUGAAAUCAGUCUUCUUCUGACUUCAUGUGUCUCUCUUCAAAUUCUGCUGCUGCUGCAAAAAA